AUGGCGUUGCAGAUCUUUGAGCACAACACCUUCCUGGAUGUGCUCCUCCCUGAGGAGCUUGAGCUGCGCCAACCACGAGGUCGGAGCUGGUCCGAGGGCCCCCGGGUGCAUAAAGCGUCGCGGCCGCCUCCUUUACCAGAGUCUUCCUCGAAAGUGCGUUCCUCAAAGGUGCGUUGCGAAGUCUCCAACGAGAGCAGCGUGACUGCCCUGCCAGGGGAUUGCAGCCCUUGCGUGUUCUUCGCCUCCAGCCGUGGCUGCGACAGCGACGCUUGUGGCUUUUGCCACAAGCACGCAGCUGCCUCGUUGGAGAAACGACCUCGGAAGCAAACUCGGGACAGGACCAAACAGGUGGUUCGUGCCGUCAUGGAAAACAUCCAGGACCCAAGGAGUCGUUUGAGGCUGCAGAGGCUCGCUGGCCAAUGCCCCUACACGCGGUCCAUCAUCUUGGGGCAUUUGGACGCCCUUUGA